CCCCCCCCUCGAGUCCGCGUGGGCGGCCCCGUGCAGCAUAGAGUGCGAAACGCGACACCCGAGAAAGAGAAAAAAGAAACGGGGGGAGAAACUGAGGGCAGGGAUCGCUGAGAACUGGAGAAAGUCUGGGGGAAACAGAGAAUAAUAAAACUGACCAGUUCUUGAAAUUUAGACCGCGUGUUGUUGUGAGUCGGGAAAAUACUUUGAGUGGUAGCUGAAAUGCCACUUUACACUGGGAAAGAGAGUAACGGCCAAGAUAGAAGAGACGUCUCCCUUAGUUUGAAGGCUUCCACCGGGACUCUUACUUACACCUGGAGUUUGACACAAGACUCGGCCGCAUUUAACGCCCCGGUGACUGGAAGAAAGUAAGUCGCCACUGCCGUGCAAACUCAGAAGAAGCGGGGUACAGGCGGUGCGCGAAGCAGUGUACCGUGGAAGUACUUCACGGUGGAGCGAAGAGACCGAGGGAAAGUAAAGAAGAAGCGCAAAGAAACUUUGCGAUUGUUGAACUGACACGCUAACGACAGGAGGGACCACAAGACGCAGGAAGGCCGGCUCUACCUUCCUGAGAACCACAAUGAAAACACAGGGGGACGCUGGCUUCACCCUGCCAGACUGGGCCUGCAAGACCGAAUCCAGCCCAGGCUCACGGCAGGUCCAGCUGUGGCACUUCAUCCUGGAGCUGCUGCGCAAGGAGGAGUACCAGGACGUGAUCACCUGGCAGGGCGACUACGGCGAGUUCGUCAUCAAGGACCCCGAGGAGAUGGCGCGGCUGUGGGGGGCACGCAAGUGCAAGCCGCAGAUGAAUUACGACAAGCUGAGCCGCGCACUCAGGUAUUACUAUAACAAGAGGAUUCUGCACAAGACCAAAGGGAAGAGAUUCACAUACAAGUUCAACUUCAACAAGCUGGUGCUUGUAAACUAUCCCUUUGUUGACAUGGGCGCAGCAGGCCGCGGAAUUCCUCAGAGUGCCCCUCCGGUGCCCUCGGGGGCAGGAACCCACUUCCGCUUCCCCCUGGUCCCGCCAGUGGAGGCGCUGUCCCCGAGCGAGGCCCCCUGCAGCCCCAGCUCUGCCAGCACGUUGGGGGCUCUCUCCCGCCGCAUGGCCCGUGGCUCCGUCAGCGACUGCAGUGACGGUACAUCUGUCCACUCGGAGCUGGAGGAAGGCGGAGUGGGUGACGAGCGAGGCUUCCGGGCUGUCCUACCAUCCCGCCUCCCUCACGAUCCGUUCCUCAGGGUGUACGGGCCCCCCCCGAACCCCUCACUCCCUCGCACGAUCCAGCCUCCCCGAGUUCACCCCGAGCCGCUGUCCCCCUUCCCAGUGUCCCCUCACCCCGGACUCUCUCCAGCCCUGUCACUGACGCCCUCCUCUCACCUUUACACGCCCUCGCCGUCUCUUAGCCCCCUGAUGGGCUCUCGCUUCUCCUUCAGCCCUGAGGACAUGCAGCGCUAUCUGCAGGCUCACACGCAGAGCGUUUAUAACUAUCACCUGAGCCCUCGCGCCUUCCUGCACUACUCCAGCCUGCUGAUCCCACAGCCGCAGCGGCGGGACAAAGGCCCGGGCCCCAUGCUCGGUGACCGGGGUCUCACCGGCCCCCAUCCAGUCCUGUCUCAGGCCCAUGGUCGCUCGACACAGGCAGCUGAGGACUCUCACCUCUUCCCCUUUGAGUUCAAGCUUCAAGCACCACCACUGGGGCGCAAACAGCGAGAAGGGCACACCCCGCACCGGCCCGCCACCAAUGGCAUGGGCCCCGGGCCCAGACCGGUCCCUGGCUCCUCCAACUCCGCGAGCAGCAUGGACAGGCUGCCUAAGAUCAAGGUGGAACACAUCUCUGAUGUAGAAUCAGAGGAGGAGGUGGAGGUGACCGACAUUAGUGAGGAGGAGAAAGAAGCAGAAAAGGAGCGGGACCUGCCUUCAUCCCCGGACGCACAGCCCAGCGGCGGCCCCACGCCGCAGCCGUAUGAAGACGACUCUGACGAGGAUGUGUUCAAGACUCCUGUGACACCCCCGUCUCCCCUCCCCAGUCACUCAUCUCUCCGGCCUUUAAGCUCCGCCCCAACGGAGCGUCCCGCUGGUGGGAGCACAAAGUGCAUCCCCCUGAAACUGCGCUUCAAGCGGCGCUGGAGUGAGGACCAGCGGCUGGAAGCUGAUGGCGCUGGUGUUGGUGAGGCCGACGACAAGAAGGUGCGUGCGGAGAAGGGGAAGGGAGACUGGCAGCGGCGUGGGGGCUGCGGCCUGCAGAGCCCUGCCCCCCCAAGUCAGCGCCGGGCGAGUGCUGAGCUGCAGCGUGCCACGGCCCAGCUCUCCCUGGGGGGCGAUUGCUGAGCGUCCCACUGCACAGACACUGCUAACUGCUGUGGGUUACAGGACAGGAGUGUCUGAGAGUGCCAGCUCUGGCCACCCCUUGCCAUUCACCUAACAGAGCUGGUCCAAGAUGUGUGACGACGACUGGCUGAGUGCGGAAUGUUCGGAUGCCCCUGGAUCGCACCCAACUUGCUUGCAUUCUGAUAGGCUGGGAUUUUAAUCUUUUGGUGACUGUUGGAACCAGUGUUGAUUUUUCAAGUGCCUAUUAUAAACUAAAAUUGUAUACUUAAAGCGAAUAAGGUGUUUUAGGUUUGUUAUUCCUGGACACUGACAAACUUCACAGACGACUAUGAUCUUGAUGUCUUUGUUUCUUGGGGAAAACGCUUCAUCAAUGGAAAACAAAAGCUGCAGUCUGUGGGUCCAUGUGUGUCUGGAUUAUGACUGGGUUUGGCGCUGGAUUAGCUGUGUUACUGGCCUUUCCAGUUGGCACGCGGUUGCUGGUCUCUCCGACCGGCACUCUUGGUGCAUUUCUAAAGCCUGUAGUGUGGAAGGUGAUGGAGAUUUGCAGAAGAUGGUCUCUGUUGGGCUUGUGCUGUUCUCUUUAUAAGAGACAAACAUGAUGUGUUUUAAUGGGCGUCGGUCUGCACCCUCCAUCUGCCUUUUGUCCUGCUCUUUGUUCCUUUUGGUAGUAUGAACGCCUGAUUUCACACACCACCUUUUCUCUUUCUCAACACAUUUACCUUUCUUCUUUUACUCACUGCUGAAAGCAAGACAAACAUUCAUCAUUCCCAGUUACCUGGAAAACACCAAAGGAUGUCUAAUCAACACUAAUAUAGGCAUUACACAAAUAAUUUAAUCCUGUUUUUGCUUUUUGUCUCGUAAUUAGAAACGAGCUUGUUGUCUCUGUAUCACGGUAAUGUUCUGAGUCGUUUUUUAUUAAAGCAGGUGAGGGACUGGCUUAAGAAUACUGCUUUCUUGAGAUUACAGUAACUUUAGAUAUUAGUGGUUUUUGGAAACUGCACCUUAUGUGCUACCUUAUCACGUCUAGUCCUCACAAAUUCUGGGCUUUUGCUUCUGCUGUUUGAGACUUGGUGCCAUCACCAAUCACAGAUCAGCAAUAUCCUAACCUGAUUCUGGGAAUUGCAGUCCAACCGGUUAUGUCAGAUGAGGCCACAUCCAGGGGUAAUUUGUAAUUAUAUUUACAUACGUGGAUUGGGACCUUGCAUGCGACCUAAAUCGGAACUGGCUGAAUCCACAGAUGGUUUAUCUAUGUAUCACAGCCUUUGUGUAGGUGGUCUGCAUAAGACAGCUAGUCAAGUCAACUAAUGGCACGUGAUUCAUAGUUCAAGUGGAGUCGUAGGUUGUCUGAAAAUCUGCUAUCUGAGUUAAUGGUGCACAAACUAAGUAGGUUAGUCACAGAGAAUCCAGUCAGUUGAAAUAUAAGCCAUUCAAGGUUAUUGCCAUUCCCAUUUCAUUAUGAGAAAUGGCCAAGUCCAAGAUGAGGUCCACACACUGCCUUUUUGGCCUUUAUAUGGCUCGUGAAUUUAAGGGAAAUCACAACAUCAGAUACCAGCUAUACAUUUUAUAUAUAAUGUGUAUAAUAUAUGAUGAUUAGUGAUUAGUGAUUAGUGAAUUCCAUUUAAGUUUCAGGACUCACCCCAAGUAAACAUGGAGGGAGCUUGAUUUUAUUUUAUUUUAUUUUACAAAAAAUAGAUAAUGACUUUUUUUGUUGGUAAAAGAGAGAAGCAAAUGCUGAAAGAUCCCAGGUUGUGCAGCUUUACCGAAAUGCCUUAUUGGGAGUUUGUACCUGUCAAACGGACCCACAGUCCCAUCAUGCCUCUGGCUCUGCCCCCACCUGAAGACCAUCAGUCGUGCCAAACUAAAUUCCAAACAGUUCUCCAGUUAUGAUGUCGGCCAGGGGAGUGGUGAAGUGGAGCAACAUGGGAAAUUAUAACAUGGAGUCCAGUCUGAAAUGUCACUCCUCACUUGUCCCACGGUCUGUGUGAGGCAGGCAAUCUGACGGUGCGUCCUGUACGGGGAGCGUGCUGGCUGAGUGCGUCACAGGAGAGCGUCCUGUAUGGGGAGCGUGCUGGCUGAGUGCGUCACAGGAGAGCGUCCUGUACGGGAAGCGUGCUGGCUGAAUGCAUUUGCCAUCCUUGCCUCCGGUUCGGUUUCCACUGGAGGCCUUUUUCACUAAGGACUGUGAUGAGUCUCCAGUGAUGUCUGCAUCACAGAGUUUAUGCAUUAAGUCUGCGCAGCCGCAGCUGCUUUCUGCAUUGGUGAGAGCUUGCAGUGGCAGUGAUGGCACCUUGCAGUAUUAUGGCUGUCCAUUAUUGGUCCUUCUUGCAUCUUUCUCACCAGGCUUGUAGCUUUUUUGGCUUUUGGUUGUGGACAUGAUUUUUAUUUUCUGUACAGCCCCCCCUGUCCCUCACCACAGUUUUCUGGACACUUCUCCCCCCUUUCAGGAGUAUCUUUUGCAUUUACAUUUCCUUUGAGAACUUCACUGUAUACACUGUUGGGGAGGGACCUUGGUGGGGGGGUUGGGGGACAGUGGUGGGACUUCUUUGAGGAACAAGUGGGAGGUAUGCUUGUUGUAUGUUAAUAUUCAUUUUGUAAUGUUCUUUUGUUCUUGUAUGCUGUGUAUUUAGGGGAUAUUAAUCAUUUUAAGAGAAAUAAUUUUACUGUUAAUAUUUGCCCCCACAGCCCACUUCUCAGUGAUUACAUGGCUCAGUGGAUGGGGGGCAUUUUUAGGAUGUUACAGUGAAUGUUAAUGCUCUCUUAUACUCCCUCUUCCCGAAUGUAAUUAAAUUGUAAUCAGGGUUAAAAAGUCAAUUUCAUUUUUUAAUUUUCAUAUUCUGUUAUAGCCACGCCUACACUUUCAAGCCAGAAGUUAUGCCGCAGUUAUUCGAUUGUGUUUGUGAGCAGUGCUCAUGACCCCCAAGCUGUGUUUGUAAAGGUUCCCUCCUGUCAGGACAGGCAGGCACUUCACCAGGAUCCAUUUGCAUAUCUGCAGGAAAAGCUGAGAGGCUUCAUGAUCUGCAUUUUUUAACUUGUUUAUUUGACUGGGCGUGUUGGUAAAAGCCCAUCAUCAUUUAGACUCACAAAUCCAAAUGUGUCAGGAUGUUACAUAUGAUACCUUCACCAUAAACACACCAAGAUCCGAUUGCCUUCCACAUGCACCCACAGAGGCCUCCUGUCACCCUCAGAGCUGCAUGCUUGUCAUACUUGUGUGCCACGUCCUGCGAACAUUUGCUCACAGUUUUUCUCAAGCAGCACGUUCAUACAGACUGCAGUCGCACUUAAUAUGCAGCAUGUAGGAUUCUUGGUGCAUGUCAUUGUGUCAGGGGGGUGUCAGGUCAGGCAGCUGGCAGGGACGACUGCAGCACAGGCCUCAGUGAGCUACAGGCCGAGCAAUCUGCAGGGGAUUGUGGGCCACGUGGAAAGCAAGUAGCACAAUUCAUAUUGUUCAUCUUAUUAUAAUCUACUUCUACUCUAUAUCAGGUUUUGUCAGCGUAAUUAUGAAACGCUGGGCCAGUUGGAGGAUUGCUGUGGCUGCUGUGGGAUUAAUUCUGCCCUGGUAAUUUGGACCCACAAACUUUAAAGAUCCCUGGGUUUAUUUUUACAUUUUGCAGAUUUAUACACAAACCCUUCUGCAGUGUUGCUCGGACAGAUUUGGUUUAAAUAAACAGUGUGUGUGCGCUUCUGCUUGUCUCACUACUAAAGUACUUGCUUCAAGUGUAUGAUGUAACUGGUUCUACUGGUGGGUUUCCUUCCGUUCACUGGCAGCCAAAUGACUGUGGCUCAGAGGGGACUGGGGCUGUAAAACAUUGCAGGUAAGAUGUACUUGAUGGUAUGUAUAAGUACCAUAUAGAAGUACAAUAUUCACUCAAAACGACCAAAGUGAUAGAUGCUCCAGAAUAACUGUAGGAGAAAUUUUAUACCCAUACUUGCAUAAAUGGUUUUUACUUUUAACAUAUA